AUGAGUAUAAAGAUUUUUCAAGACCUCUUUGUUUUUACCUGGGACAUUGGGCUAACAGUCGCGAACCUUGUGUCCCCCAGCCGCAAAAUAGGACACGUUACGCCAGAAGGACAUCCAGGGUUUGGAGGCAAAUGGCCUGAAUUCAUUGCGCCGAUGGAAGGAGAUAGUCGCUGCUCAUGCCCAGCUCUCAACGCUAUGGCUAACCAUGGUAUACUCCCUCGCGAUGGCAAAAACAUCAAAUUCAACGAGUUCGGUACCAAGAUCAGAGCAACGUACAACUUCGCCCCCACUUUCUGCUUUUUCGUCCCCAACUUCGCUGCGAAGAUGCUGAAGAGGAACUACGGGAAAGACACCUUUAAUCUCGCUGAGCUUGACCUUCAUAAUGGGAUAGAACACGAUGCAUCCCUUUUGCGCGAGGAUAGUGCGCUCGUUCCCGACCAGUCGAAACCCCAUGUCCCUUUCAUCGAAGAGCUUCUAUCUUUGGCUUCAGGCAAAGACAACGACGGAAAGGCGCUUCUCACGCCUAAGGACUUAUCAGACUUUUCCUCCAAGCGACGAGUCGAGGCGAGAGCGUCAAAUCCCAACUUCUCACUCAGCUUCUUCCACAAGGUCUUUGGUAGCUCGAACUCAUCUACGCUUCUGACUAUCUUUGGAGGCCGAGUAGAUGACCUCAAGACUAUUUUAGUCGAGGAGCGACUUCCAGAGGGCUGGGAGUCUCGUGCUAGGAAGCCGUUUGGCUUGACCAUGGCCACAUUCAACAGAACGGUCUUGAAGGUGGAGAUGGGAAUCAGUGAGAAGAAAUAUCAAGCGAACGUCGCUCAGAGCGCUCCUCCUGCCCCUGAAACGGAAUAA